AUGCAACCAUUUCAACAAUUCCGUGUCGGCGACGACCUGGUAGAAACGCUGGCUGUCUGUCAAGACGGAAAUGGCCCACCCUACAGUCGAAUCGAUGAUAUCCAAGAGACCUUCCCUGGUGCCAUCCGUUUCAAGCUGGACGGAGUGACACUCAAUUUCCUGACAGACGAGGACGGAAAGAAGUAUGAACCUAAGCGGAUCGCUCACUACCAGGACCAGAUCAUCGACGUUGUUUUGGACGACCCUUCAGACAUUAUACACGCCAAACACCAAUCCCUCACAGACGAUAGCCUGGUUUCAUUGUUGAAUCUUUCAAUCCAAAUUGCCGACUCAGUCCGCUCUGACGCCCUCGUGCCACCCUCCUCCUCCACUGUCCACCCUAUGGCAGUAUUGUCUUCAAUUGCCACAGAAAUCUCAAUGAUCCAAACCAAGAUCGACCGCUCGACAGACGACCAGUCUGAUCACCACAUGCAGCUUAUGCAACAACUCUUCCAGAUGGUCCAGCAACAAAAUGAAACGCUGACGCAACUCGCCCAGGCCAAGGAGCGAGAGGAGAUGAUGCUGGAGGAACUUGCGGCAGCCAAGGAGCGAGACGAGGCGUUACACAGGAUGCAGCAACAGACCAUUGACCGACUGAUCGUGGCCCAGCAGAAGAUCGAGGCGAUCCUGGUACAGAACUAUGAGCUCCACGAGUAUCCUAUCCCGCGUUUGUUUGUCAUCCUACCGGACUCGUACGAGAAGUUGGAUCCGAGGAGCUUUGUCAAGGAGCGAUUUCGACUUUUUUUCCUGUGCGAGUGUGGCGAAGACUGCACUUCGGACGUCGCUCAUGGUGCUUCUUCGGGCCGACUAAACAAUGCUGCCUCAGUAACCCCAAUCCCUGUCAAAAACAGCAUCCACCUCGCCAAGCAUGAAGGAUACCUGCUCUCCCGCCCCACCGAGUUUUUCGAUCAUUAUGGUCCCUAUGUUCUUGGUAUGCUAAAGAUCCUGAAGCACUGUCUGGCCGUCGCGGCGGUGGUGGCUCCUACAGUAUCCCGGGCUGAGAGCGACCUCCAGGAUAUUGCGGAUGUUGUGGUGUCGAUCUCGGAGAGCGCCAUGGAGGCAGUCGACAUGUCGAUCAACUUUUUGGAGCAGAACCUGGGGGGAGAUGCAGUGGCGGAUUUGACGGCUGGCAGUGCUACUAGCACCCAGAAGGAUGACACGUUCAGUGGCCUUGCUGCACUAGAAGGAGCCGAUCUCCGACGGCUGAAUUCGUUUUUGCGGACCAAAGAUGCGGACAAGGUUCUUGGUAAUCUGUACAGGAUCACCACCGAAACUGGACACGUCAAGUGGGUCUGCUUCGACCACUACCGGCAAGUCUACCGCGAGACCGCUAUGUCGUCAUUUCUUCAAUGUGUCGAAUCGAAUGGCGGCACCUACGAUCCCCACUUUGGCAAAGUCACCGUUGCCCUCAAUUCAACCACAGCCGCCAACGACUUUUUCUAUCGACUGUCCUUACACGCGCCUGCAGUCACUGGCCUCAAGGUCACACUGAAUUGGUCGUUUGGCUCAGCUGAUCUAGUCAUGUUGGUCGACAAGGUUGCUCAGUCGAACGUCCAGGACAUGGAACUGGAUCUGCAGGAGACAAUGGGACAGCGUCCGAUUGUGUCGCUAAUGCGUCCAGGCAAAGGGAGAUACCAUUCACUCCUCAGCCUCUUCUCCAACACAAAGCUCCGUAGACUCAUCUUCACCGACGUCGGACUCAUAGGACCCCGAACAUCCGCUUUCCCGCACGACCACAGUCCUUCUUUCCUUCAAAGGCUCCAUUUUGCAGGAAGACUCCGUUCUAUCGAUGGCCAUCGCAUGGCGGAGAUCGUACUUCUAUCCCCUCAGCUUGUUGAACUGAUUCUCGGCUCCGUUUUCUGGGCAGGCGAGGACAUGUCCAGAGUCGAUAAAGUCCUUGGCUCUCUCUCGCAGUUGCAGGUUCUACGCCGGUACCGCUUUUUUGAGGGCAUGUGGAUCAACAGCAUCAAAACAAAUGCAGUUCCAUAUGGCACUGUUGCGCUCAGAGAGAUCGUCGACAUUGGCAUGGCAUACCCAACUGGGCCUGACGGUUUCCUCGAAGAUGCCAUUCGCAGGUCGGCAGCCACGCUGGAGGUUCUGAUCGCACGCAACUGGACCGGCACAAACCCAACCUUGGACAUGGAAUACAUUCUUGGUUCUUCCUCUCCACUUGCAAUGCCAUCAGGUCGCCUGCCGUUCGCCAGAAUGACACACCUGGAUCUCACCAUACGGAUGCCCGCAGCUUCAGUGGAGAUGAUGAAGUCCAUUAUCCCGCAUCUUGCCUUAAUCCACUUUGCUAUCGGGGAGGACACCUAUAGCCUCUCCUCUCUUGUUGACCUCAAGUUCCUCAAAUCCCUUCAUCUGCAGGAUAUCAAGAACGUUGCUUUGGACUCAUUAUGGGACUCGGACACUCUCUCGUCGGUAGAUUGUCAGAUCGAGUCAUUGAGGAUUGAUGCGACCGACUUGACGACGGUUGCGUGCGAGAACCUAUUUGCAUUACCCCUGAAACGAUUACACGUGUCUGAGCUGGGUGCUUCUAGCAUGGCUACCAUCUUCCAACAACUCAACCUGCUUCAGCUCCAAGUCCUUGCGAUAUUCGACUACUACUACGAUUGGGAAACUGAGGCCGUUCUAGCCGCCAGGAGUGCCGAGUUUACAUACGGGUUGGAGGUACAGAUGGGGCGUGAACCCAACGAGGGUCUUGGAGACGUUUAUAAGGCGAACUCUAGAGAUGUGCAAGGAUCCUCGGAACGACUGGCGGGUGGGCGCGUUCGUUUUAUGAGCAAAGGUGAUAUCGAGAGGGAAUAUUUCGCUUCCGUCCUUCCCUCUUCCUCGUAA